CAGUUUUAUUUCUGUGUUUACAUUUCUAGCGAGUGGUAAUGUAACGUACACAACGUGGUUUCUUUACUAAAAGGUUCCUGAAAAUACUCUACGAAACAACGCGAUGUCCGACAGUGUGGAAGUGGCCAUCACUAGUGAUUCCAGUGAUCAGUUGUGGAGUUCUUGCGUAUGGGACGUUCGAACGGGAACCCAUUUAAUUUCCUACAAGGGUGGCGGUGUUUCUGGUGCUCAUACAUUAGCUACGAUAAACGGACAAUAUAUCGUGGCCGGCAAUUUGGUUAAACCGAUGCUGCACAUUUGGCCCGUCAAUCGACAUGAACCAAUUGCUACACGAUUCAUCAUCCCAGGCCGCGCAACGGCUGUUGCUGUCAGUCCGGAUGGAAAUUACUGUUUGGUGGCGGUCCAGGAGACAGUUUACGUUUAUCAACUAGUAACGGGCGCGAUGUUGGCUUCGAUAUCACGUCACUAUCAAUCGGUGAAUGUUCUUCGUUUCACCGAUGACGGAUCGCACUUCAUAAGCGCUGGACAAGACGGGAUGGUACUCGUUUGGAACUUAGCGAAUGUGGUACGAGUUUAUCAGAAACAAACGGUUAAUACUUUAUACUCUUUCUCGGAUCACGCGAUUCCAGUAACUGAUGUUCAUGUAGGGAAAGGUGGUAUGAAGGCCAUAUUCUGUUCAGUAUCACUCGAUCGAACAUGUAAAAUUUAUGACUUAACAUCUGGUUCAAUGUUAUUAAAUUUAGUCUUCCAAGAAGCGCUUUCGUCCGUAUCGAUGGACAACUUAGAAUCUAGCGUUUUUGUUGGAUCGAGCGAUGGUCCUAUUUACACGUUUAAUAUUCUUUGUCCACCCCGCACUAAAGAAUACCACAUUGAACGCAAACAGCUGCAGAAAAACAUUUUUGUUGGACAUAAAAAAGCUGUCACAUGCCUUUCAGUUUCCAUAGACGGAGAGAUCCUUUUAUCGGGAGGAGCCGAUGAAAAUGUGCACAUUUGGCAUAUCAAAAGCAGGCAGCAAUUGCGUACUAUUCCACAUAAAGGUACAGUUACAAAUGCUUAUUUCAUGCUAGUACCUAAAAUAAUGUUCAAUCAAGAAAUAAAAUUAAAUCCAUUAUUCCAACCGUUUCAAAAAAUGGCAUUACCUAGUGAAAAAAUCGAAACCUAUUCAAUAGAAACUGAAGUGCGAGAAAACGUUCGAGAUGUACAAAGGUAUAAUGAUGAUAGUAUGGACAGAUUCACAACAUUGUCACAUUCGGGCAAUAAUCAGGAAGAACUCGUGAAAUUACGAAAGGAAAUUCAGCAUCUAAAAAUGGCCAAUAAAGAAAUGUACGAAUUUACCGUGAAGAAUCUUAUCAAAAACAGUUGAAUUCUAGGAUAUGAUUUUUUUCCAAGAUUAUGUAGACACUUAUUUUCGGAUAUUGUGCUAACGUGAGAACUGCUAUAAACACACAACGCGCGAAACGGUUCUUCGUGAUCUGUAAAAACCAAAAGUGUUGUGUACUGUUGCGUUCCUCGUGUUGUGUAUGAUUAUGACAGUGAAUGAUUGAAAAGUAAUAAAAAAUAAUUAAUAAUUAGUGAAUAUGUCGA